UUUCUGAGUGUCGCGAGCUGACCGGAAACUGCUGCUCAGACAGAAUCAUAAGAGGGAAAACACCGGGAAAACACGAGACCAUUAAAACGGCGGCGGCGCCGAGAAAAAGGAUAAAUACGUCAGUUUCCCGGUGAAACGGAGGGUUGACAGAUUCUGCUCCCCUUAAGUGGAUGCUGAAGGCCAGGAGAUGAUGGAAGAGAGUGGGAUUGAGACUACACCUCCAAGCAGCCCUACACCUAGUGGGGGUGCAGCAGCUCCAGCCAGCUCUCCACCAUUGAACAUGGGUCUGUCGAGCCCCAUUCCUCCUGUAGGCACCAGUGCAGUGUGCAUUACUUCCCCCUCAGUCAGUGGUCCUCCCCCACCUGGUCCCCCCCAUCCUGCUUUUAGCAGCCCCAUGGCUCCACCGUCCAUUUUUCCUCCGCCAUCUUCACUUGCUCCUCCUUUCAGCACCACCUCUCCCUUCCCCUCACUACCCUCCAUGUCUGUGCCCCCCCUGGCCUCUUCCGCUGGACCACCUGCCAUGUCUUCUGGUGCACCCCCUGUUGGCCCGCCUAUUUCCAACUAUUUCAUGAACGCAGGAUAUGAUAUCACACGGGGUCAUGCUGGUCGAACACCACAGACACCGCUGAUGCCAACAUUCUCCAGCCCUUCCUCUAUUUCAGGUAUAGUGUCCAACCCCAUGGUUCAGCAGCCUGUCAUGACAGGAGGUUUGGAUGUCAGAUCCCCUAUCACGUUUCCGGAGGAGCAGGAAGAUCCCAGAGUCGCUGCAGACAAUUCUGGUGGAGGAAUAUGGGGUUUUUUCAAGGGAGUUGCAGGGAACCCUGUCGUAAAAACGGUCCUGGAUAAGACCAAACAUUCUGUAGAGUCUAUGAUCACUACUCUGGAUCCCGGCAUGGCUCCAUAUAUUAAGUCUGGAGGGGACAUUGACAUUGUGGUGACUUGCGAUAAAGAGGCGAAAGUUGAUGCAGUCCGAGAUGCCUUUCAGGAGGUGUUUGGGAUGGCCAUGGUCACAGGGGAAAAUGGUCUGUCCAACAUUGCCCCACAGCCUGUGGGCUACGCAGCUGGGCUGAAGGGAGCUCAGGAGCGCAUUGAUAGUCUCAGAAGAUCCGGUGUGAUCCAUGAGAAGCAGCCAGUGGUCUCUCUAGAAAGCUUUAUUGCUGAGCUCUUUCCUGACAAGUGGUUUGACAUUGGUUGUGUGAUCCUGGAAGACCCCGGCUAUAACAUCAAAGUGGAAGUCUUCACUCAGGCUAUUCCUCUGGCUCUGGAACAUGUCCAGCAGGCGCAGUCCCUGACCCCUCCAGACUACAGCCUUCGCUGGUCCGGUCUUACAGUGACAGUGGGUGAGAUCCUGGAGCGCAAUCUGCCCAACAUCAAUAGAACAGAAUGGCAUUUGGCCAUGACGGGGAUGACACAAAGGCAGAUGAUCCAGAGUGCUGCCAGAGCCUUGGCUGGAAUCUACAAACAGAGGCUGCCACCCAGAACUACAUGAGGCUUUAAUGCUUUCUGUGUGUUUCUCAUCUCAUGAGGAUUUCCAGACAUUUUGAAGGAACACUAGCUGACUGGUACGUGGUGUGUCAUUUUUUUUUCCACAAUGGGCAAAGCCAGAUGCACGUCUGUGAAGAUUAGUGUUCAUUGACAUUCCAAGCCAACAUGAUUUUACUGUAGCGUGUGACUUACAAAAGUCAUCUUAAAAAGAUUAUAUCAUCUGCUUGUCCGCUCUGUGAUUCCGCAUCGUGAUUUACAUUCAGGAUGUAAACGAUAUUAUUUUCCAGACAUUUUAUGCGCUAUAUCCCAUUUCUUACCUGGUGUGUACCUGUGUUUGACAGCCAUAAACGGUCAAAAAAAUGGAUGAUGGAGACGGCCCCCACAAUAGCAAGGCAAGUUUAUUUCUAGGGCACAAUUCGUACACAAGGUAAUUCAAAGUGCUUUACAGAAAAGAAGGGUGGGACGGCUCCUGUAAAAUUGUAGCCAUGCAGGACUCUGAACUCAAGUGGCUGGCUGCAGUACAUCAAAUCUAAGUCUGUUAACACUGACAAAGGCUACUUAUUUUUAUAUAUGGGUCAGUCUCCUGAAAGGGCGACACGGCAAGCAAAACUUACGUUUUUCGCUUUUACUUAAAACAACCCUCAUUAACCAACAACGCAAUGUUUACUGAACAUAUUCAUUACCAUUCAAUGAAAGCACAGUAAAAUGCUGUAAAUGCUUUCAACUUACCUUAAAUUGACAUAAACAUGCUCCAAAAUCUUGCUUGUAACAACUUAUGGGUGGACCCCGCUUCAAACUCUGCGGAAGCAUGAUGUGUGGAAAAAAGAAAAAAAAUAGCUCAUUAAAAAGCUUGUUGAUUCAUUGAGGUUGUAUGGUUUUAUAUCCAUGCUGUGACCGUGAAGGAACAGGUACAUUCAUGAUAACAUGUAAUAAUUACAGUAUUUUGCCGUAUUGCGGUCAUUGUAAGCGCUUCCUUCCUGGGCACGUUGAUUUCACAUAGCAACAUAGAAACAAACGCUACACCUAGUGUUAACUUUUCCUAACUCAAAAACAAAAACACAGUAGCAGUGGCGGCACUGCCCAGCAUCUCCACGAUCACUGAUUGCAUUUGACUUACACUUAUCCGGGCAUGAAAACAAAAUAAUAAGAAGAAGAAUCAAUAAUGAAACUUGACACGUUUUCCUACUCAACAGGGCGUGGCGUGGUGCCGUUACAUUGGGUGUUCCACGUGUGUUAAUUGUUAUUUUUGGUUGCAUUGUGAGUAAGGGAGGCGUCUGGUCUGAUGACCUCUUAAAUCAACAUUUUUAGGGGCGUCUCAAUUACUCCUGGUUUUUGGUCUGAGAACACAAACACCCGUGAAUAGUGGGGAACUGCCAUAAAUACAUAUAUUAAUAUCAAAUGUAUUACUUUUUAAAAAAAUUGUCAGUAGCAUUUGUGCCUCACUGUGACUGUGUAGUGGAUGACCCCUGGCCCUGAGAAAAAAUGGAUAAGAAAUUCAAAUGCGGGUGUGUGUCACAGCACAGUGCAGACGGUGUUUACAUGCACACAGUGAGAGAGACAUGUUGAAAAGUUACAUUACGUUCCUCUCGAGUUACACUCCGAUGGUUACUUUUGUUGUGUGUGCGUGCUAGAGGCUAACCUUGUGUUUGAAUUACAUAAGUACCGUAAAUGCUCCAAUUUACACAUCUAUUCAGUUAACCAUCAAGUCCCCUGUCAGUGGCAGGUGCAUCGUCGACAGACGCAAAUAACCGCUAGGCUGUAAUUAGCACCAGGUCGUACCAACUGGGGCUCAAGCCAACAUCUUCAUCUAGUUUUUAUUAACGCCGCGAAAUGGGAGUAGCUGCAUUUGAAGCAUCAUGAGCGGUUUGUAUCCAGCAGCUUGAUCUACCUCUGCAUGCGCUUGAAAACAUUGGUCGCGCUGCUCAGCUGACACGUGCCAUACUGUUGUUUGCAUAUAAACUCCUUACUGGUAUUACAACAUUGGUUCUGUUGAUAAUGUGUUGUGCAACGUACUUGUUAAUAAAUAAAUCGUGUGCUCAAAGAGAACUGUUUUCCAUUCCACUUUCACUCCAAAUGAUUAUUAUAGAUGAGUUUUCAAAUUUCGGAAAGAAUAGCCUCUCACCUUCUUCCAAUUCCCUUCAUGAUUUGCAGUUUAGCCGAAUAAACGCCCCAGCUAAAAUUGGAGCAUUUAUGGUAUGUGUCUUUAAAACAACACUGAUUUGAGGACACUGUUUUGUUGAUAGUUUUUCAGAGUAUGGAACACAACCACAAUGCUAAAAAAAAACAAAAAAUAGUGGAACCUCAGUGUUUGUCAUUCAUCCCUGCGAAAAGGUCAGAUUAAAACCCAAUCAGUCUUUCCCAGAGGAAAUCAAGAAAAUCCAAUGAAUCCAUUCUAGACGCCCAACAAUAUUAACACAAAACACAUUUUUACAGAAUUAUAGUUUUGUGUGCAGGAAAAAAUGCGAAAUACACACAAAUAACGAAUGAAAUGUGGAAGCGAAAAUUUAACAUCACUUUUAUCUUCAUUGAAGACUUGUUGGUGAGUAGAGGGAGGACGGGACGGGUGACGGAAGAGCCACGCAGACGCAGUUUCAUUCUAGUUUGUUCUGAAGUUAACUUUAAAGAGUGGAUGGUUAGAGCUGUGUACUUGUUCACUUUAACGUUAUUGUAAACUUCAGCAGUAGUUAGUCAUCACUACACGCACUGGCCCGACUCACUUCCUGUUACGUGUCUCCCUUAUACCGUUCCCACUGCAACCUGUGUUCAAAAUUCCUACCUUUACAUUAUAGUCCUAUUGCAACAGACGCUACAUUUAUACUUGGCUACGACUUCCUUCGUGAAUUCAAGUGUUUUUCACCUUCUUUAUAAAAGUUCUUUUUUUGGAGCCAUUUUUUUUUAAAGCACAGAUUCGUUUAGCACUCACAUACACAGUGCGCCCGCUGAACGCCUCACCAGCCUUCGGCGCACUGUGCUUAGUAAGAGAAAGAUGAAGACAGAUAGUAGUUGUUCAUUGUUCUGUGUGCGUUCUUUGAAUGGAAAAAACACACACACACACACAUGAUAAAGAUGAUGAAUGUUCAUAUUCCCUGGAAGGAAUUUUUUUGGUGCACCGUUGAGCCGUACGAAAACCGAGCCAUAUUUUUAAGCAAUCAUUUUCAACGAAAUCUGAAUCGGACGAAAACCAAGUGUUCCACUGUAAAGCUUAAGGGUCUAUCCACGCGGAAGCGUUUUCUCGUUUCAGCCUCUCAUCCCCAUGGAAACGUCCUUCUGGCUGCCCUGAAACGGUAUUUUUUUUAAAAAUCUGAAAACGCCGGUUUGUUCUUUUCGUGUAGACAGCCGACCCACCGCCAUCCUGUCCCCGUCACGUGACCAGAAGUCAGUUGUGACGACAAGCCAACUUGAUAUCUGAGUAUUUCGAGUGACAUGACUCACCGCAGUCGACAUUCUCCUGAUAUUUUAUUGUCUUGUACUCCAUAAUGCCUCGCAGAAGGAAUUCCACUUCUCGUAAUUCUAGAUGAGCCUUGGAAAGCAGAAGACGACGGACUUUUGCUCGUGCGUUCUUUCUUCUUCUAUGGUUUGGUGUGUCACGUGGUUCCGUCUGCGUAUCUGUUCACAGCACCACACGUAGCAGGUGUGCCUUGUUACAUGACAUCGUUCUCACUCAAUUAUCCGUUCCCGUCUGAAUGUAGCUAUUGACUAAUCCGGCACAGUGUAGAUGUGAAUUUUUACAACCCGCCAAAAAAUACAAUAAAAUAAUCUCAGGAGCGUUCCCGUGUGGACAGGGCCUAAGAUGAUACUGAUGAUCUUUUGUGCUUGAAGCAGUAUUGUUCCAAUUUCAUGCCUUUACAAUCCAACUUUCUUGGACACACCAAAAUUUGAAGGAUAAGACUCACAGAACAUAUUUUUUUGUCAUUGCCAUUUUUUUUGUUGUUGUAAUUUUGCUUGUGUAAAAGCACAUUUUGUCUAAUGAGCGGAAAUUAAGUUGAGCAAUACCAGCAGCACACUUGAGUUUCGGUGCAAAUAAUGUUCUGUUUUGUAAAUGUGCCUUUUCCACAAAUAAAAUCGAACUUUUAAAAUCUUUCAUGGCAGUCUAAAGCGUCCAAACAUUUUUCUGCCAAGGGACACAUACACAAAAAAAUGCGCUCAUGGGUUGGGUGCACAUGUUAAAAUGUAUUUAGGAUUUUCUCAGCUUGACCUCUAAUCAACAGCUUGAUAGUUGAAACUUGCGGUUGGCAGAUUGUUGUGCAUAACGGUGCAUGCCGUUGAAAUGCUUUGCUCCAAUUGUGUGAGUGUACAUAGUGUGUUGCAUAAAGACAUGAAAUAGUUCAAAACAAGGCGCUUCUAACAUGUCUAUCUGCGUUCUUACGAGGGAUGUACAUCUCUCUCUGUGAUACACGAUUCCAUUUGAAUCUAGACACAUUUAGAUUCAAUUCAAAACCAAUAUUUUUUAAAAGCAGAACAAUUCGAUACGAUUUGAUGCAGUGAUACAAUUCGAUUCGGUUCAUGUUUGUUGAAACUAAAGAUGCCAAUUAAAUGAAAGCGUCAUUCUUACAGUAUUUUCUACUGUAUAAAAGAGCACAGCAUGUUGUAAAGCAGGGGUCACCAACGCGGUGCCCGCGGGCACCAGGUAGCCCCCCCACGACCACAUGAGGCGCCCGCAGGCCUGCUUUUCAUUCAGGUUUUCAGUUAAUAAUGUGAGAACACUAGAAAGAAAUGCAUUCUGAAACAUAAAAUGUGAGUUGUGGAUACCAGCAUUUUGUGAAUGUUUUGCUAAAACAAGUUCGCUGACGAAGCUCUUCGGAUGAGGAGCGAAACGUCCGACACCUUCUUCACAGAAGUACAGAUGACGUCUCAAGAAGCCUUUCCCCCAUUGGUAAAACAAGCAUAUUUGAUUUGUUUGGGUUGAAAAAAGGUAUGAAAAUCAUUUCUACAAAAAUGAGUAGCUAGUGGCCAUUUUCAUUUUCUAAAAGUAGCUCUCACAAGGAAAAACGUUGGUGACCCCUGUUGUAAAGGCACUGGCAACAAUAAAGUCAAAACAGGUCAAAUGUACUGUAUAUAUUGUUUUGAUACAGACCAGACCUGAUAAAUUUUGAUUUGGGGCCUUUUUGGGGGGAAAUUUAAAUUUGAACAUGCCUUAAUGUUGCUAGAAAUUGAAGUGGAGCCACCAAACUAAGUUUCAUUGUAUACUGUGUACAAUGACAAUAAACAUCAAACUAAAAUAUAACUGAUAAACAUAAGUCUUAACCUUCAGUCCAAUCAAUAAUACACAAUAAAUAAAUAGUGCAAAGCCCCUUAAAUAAGCACAGUUACAGUAAGUAAAUAGAAGUAUAUGUCAAAUGAGUGCAAUGAAAAUGCUGCUUUAGCUUGGAAAAGUAAACAAUCCCAUACUCAAAAUGUUAUAACAACAGUAAUCGUGCAACAUUUCAGACUGAGCAUAGUGCUGUCAACACCCCAGGAGCCACAUAACAUUUCAAAAUUGGAAAGCUUAAAAGUUACCAUACUCGCCUCUGUUGGUCUGGCUGGUCACGUUUGCACCCUUCUUAAAAUAAUCCAAAGACUUUCCAAACUUCAGUGGGACAGUCGUGAGCAGCUCCACUGGUCUACCACAAGGUGGUGUCCAGCUCAACUAUAAAGCCAUGAUUUAUCAAUGACCUCUCAACCAUAAGUCCAUUAUUUAUCCACAUUAGUAUUAUCACCUGGUAACCCAAGUAUCAAUACUCCAUCAAGCACAGUCAGGCUAUGUAUCAAUGUUGUUUCAAUAUCAAGGCUGUCAACAUGUCAGGUUUUGUCAGCUGGCAAUGUUUGCAUCUGUUUGCAUAGACAUUUAAGUUUCAAUCAUUCUAAUGAAAAGUCAACAUUGUUUCAAUGCCACCUUGCUGUCUGGGUGGGCACUUAGGGUUUGAGGAAAUUUAGAAUCUACAGUUUUUCAUCAAGCAAUUCUUUCUGCAAUUUCCAUUUUUAUGAGCAUUUUCGAGUUAAAACAAUAUUUUAACUUUGGUUAGAGAACAAAUGUUUUUAUUGUUGCAAACAAGAGAGAGAGACAGGUUCAGCAUUUCUUGGCAUUUUGUUUGUUGAUUCUUGAAACUUUUCCCCUUUAUGAUGCUCUCUUAGUAAUUAAUUUUUCCCCAAAUCCCUAUGUGAACUAUUUCCACGCGCUACAAAGGAGCGUUUUCCCUCUGACGUUACACGCUUUAAGUGAUGGGUCGUUCGCGAACGGAACUGCUUAUGGAACCAAUUCUUUGAAAUUAAAGAGUUAAAAAAAAGCACGUGAUUGUCCAAAAUGUGUCAACACUAAGCAGAAGAGGGAGGGGUUACACACACACACAUACACACACACACACACAAGCAAGCAAGCAAGCUGGAAAGGUGAGGAAAAGAGCAGGAGGAAACAAACGCCAAGACACUUUGUAUUUCUGAAUGCCAAUCUUCACUAAAGACUAGCAAAAACGGUUACCUGGAUGCCACUGUUUCUUUUAG